CGUUGGUAACAUCAGUGCGGCCAACACAUUGCGGCCAUAAACAAAAAUAAAAAACUCUUUGUGUUAAUUUUAAACAGUAUUAAGCAAUUUUAAGGUAAUUACAAUGUGAUAAACACUUCACUGUGUGUUGUAGAGUAUUUCUAUAUAGUUUAUGCGAGAUUUUAAUGAAGAAAUUGAAUAAAAAAGUUAGGUUAUGUAAGUGAGAAUGUGUUGGUAGAAAUCGUGGGUUUUUUCAAAAAAAUGGUAAUAAACCGGGGCGAAAUGAAACGCAAACGCCGCGACGAGUGUUCAUCCCCCUUACUCGACGAAAGCCCCAAAAGGACCAAAGUGCACGCGCAGCGCAAAUUCGCCCAAGGCUCCAACGUAAACAGCCCCGUUAUAACCCCAGUCAAAGAAAUCGAAAAACAAGAAGUGGACGUCCUUCCCGAACCCGUGGAGCUGCUCCCCAUCAAGAGACCAAACACCGAAGACUUCUUGACGUUUCUGUGCUUCAGGGGAACCCCAAUCCUCCCCCCGAGCUUGAAUUUCUUCAACACGGCUUCGAUAGUGGACACCAAUGGCCAAGUGCACGAAAUCAAGAGUGAAUCCCCGAAAAACGGCCCCAUUGACACUUCCACGAUCGCUAAAGCGGGCUCGGGGUCCUCCGACCGGCCGUUCAUUGCGUUUGGGGUCCGAAAACGCGCGGACCCCAUUGUUAUCAGCCGCCAAAUGGACAAAAAACGGCGGCAUGCUCUCGCAGUCCAAGCGUUGAGAAGGAAGUACCAGGAGCAAAGAAUGGCGAAAAUUCGGGCUGUUACCAUAAGCAAACUGUCGGAAAAAGUCGCCAGUAAAACGCUAGUUCGCUCGAAUUCCGUGUCGAAAACCGAAGCGGUUAAGAAAAACGCCACGGUUCAGAAAAGUAAAGUUAGCGUUGAACCGAAACAAGUGAAAGUGGCGACGCGUUCGGUUAAAACCGCCCUCAGGCCGCAGAUCAAGCAAAAAAUGUGUUUGCGCAGUUUCAGGGGACGGUUUGUGCAGAAAGAGUUGCAGUUUAGAAAUGUGAAGAAAAGGCCGUUGCCACCGGUUAAAAAACCGGUUAAGAAGAGUGAAGAAACGAGUGAAUAUUCGUCAGAUGAUGAUAAACCGUUGAAGACGUCGAAAAGUGUGGUCCCUAAAGUGGCGAAGAAGUCGGCGCCGGGGCCCAAAAAACCAAUAGAAAUCAAUUUCAGAAUUACCCGUUCGAAUAAAUUUCUGAACAACAAAAUCGUUUCAAGGCGACAACAGAUCAAACAACGGAUGUUGUUAUCCACACCGAAAACAACAGUCAAGCCUAGAACUUUAAGAUCGCAAACUGCGCAAAAAUCAAAGAUAGAAACGGCCAAAAAAGUUUUAAUAAAAAGCAAAGAAGUUGGUAAAAAAGAAACAGUUGUAAAGAAAUUAAUAGAAACAAAAACGAAAGAAUUAAAAGUUGAAGCUCUUAAAAAAUCAGAUCGUUUAAAGAAAGAUGUUUCUCCAAAAAUGGAAAAACCACCACCAAACGUCAAAAAAGACGUAGACAGUGGGAAGAAAACGAAAAUUGUUCCGAAACCAACGCCAAAAAAAGACGAAACAUCGAGUGAGAAGAAAGAUUUGGUUAAGAAGAAAGCUGUAAUGAAGAAAACGGCUCAAAAACCGGCCGAAAGUCCACCACGCAAAGACCCACCCAGUAAAAAAGUGGAUGAAGAUAAGAAAAUUGAUAAACCAACCGAACAAAUGGAAUCGAGAGCUUCUCAAAGACCGACUCGCAAAACCAAAGAAGCUGCCGCCAUCUAUAUGGAAAUUCUUAGUCACAAAUUAGUAAACGAGAGUCGACUCGAUGACGAUAAUGUCUCAAUUGACAGUUUCCCAGAAUUGCCAAAUGUGAAAAAAACCGAACAGAGGGAAAACGAAUUAAAAGCGAAAGCAAAAACGACGAAAACAUCGGAGAGUGAAAGUGAUACCAAAAAAUCACCGAAAAAGGAAAUGGAGGUGGAAAGUAAAGUUUUGAGGUCUGGUAGUGAUAAGAAGAAAAGUGAAGAAAAGGUGAAGAAAAGUGAAGAUAAGGUUAAGAAAAGUGAAGAACCGGUUUGUGAUCGUAAAACCCGAUCGGCGGUCGCUUCACCCUUGGAACUUAAGGUGCACAUAAAUGCGAUCGAGGUCACUUCCGAGAAGAAGAAAGAGAAGAAAGGCAAAGAAAAAUUCGAAGAUGAUGAAAGUUCGAACUCGGACGUCUCUGACAAUAAUUUGAAAAUGAAAGAUAAAAGUGGAAAAAGUGAUGAAGGGACUAAACGACAAACCAGAAACUCGUCACAAAACAUCAGGCAUUUGGAGGAUACUGAUGAUUCCGACGAGUCCUUUCGUGCUGACAUAAGGAUACCGAGGAAAAAACAAAUAACCAGAAGUAAAGUCUCAAAAAACUGUGACAGUGAGAACGACAAAAACUCUCUCAAAAAAUCGCUAAGAACGAAUUCGAGGAGUUACAGAGAGUGCAGUUCGAGUGAAUCUGACCAGUCCACCACCUCCGAUAUAAAACCGACCAUAGUUAAUAAAACCAAAAAAUUUACAAAAACGAGAAGUGUGCAAAAAGGGGAACAAAGCUUCAGCGAUUCGGACGAAGAACCACUUUCGAAACUAACACAAAAUAAACCUAGUGAUGGUAAAGAUAUUGCAAUUAAGGAAGAACCGAAAGAAAGUGGGGAAAAAGAAACCAAACCGAAGCGCGAAUGCGCCAAACGUCCCCAAAACUAUCUCCCGAUGUUCUCAUCAUCGGACGAAGACGAAAACUACUUUCAAGGUUUCAAAACCAAACCUGAAAAACCCAAAAUUACGACCAAACUGCCAUCGCCUGGCUGCUCUCACGCCAACACCACUGUGGACCUUAAAGACAUAAGCCGACGUUUCGGCAAAGAAAAGGUCAACAUGUCGACCGAACAGAUCGAAAAGUGGCUCAAAGACUCCGCCAUGGCUGGAAGUAGCGUCAAAAAUGAAAAUGACGCUAUGUUGAAGUUUGGUGAAAAAAUACCAACUGAGACCUCGCACAGUGUUGCCAAUUCCAUUGACACGGAGAAACUAAAAUCGUUGCUUAUUACAAACAUCGAAAAGAAGGAAGUGUCACCGAAAGGUCUUCCGAACGAAAUUAAGGCAAUUUUGGCCAAACCAAUGAUCACCGAUCGGAAAUUAAUUUUCCGCAAUAAAGAUCGAGUCGGGACCGUUGUAGGGGUUUCCCCCAAUGUCAACGCCUUCUCCGUCAGUAACGAGAGCAGUGUUUAUGCGUUUGGUGAAGAGGAGGACGUAAUGAAGACUCCUUUCAGGAGGCCAACUAGACGUCCAUCAAGCACUGCCACUUCAAGAUCGGAAGAUGAGUCCUCAAAAUUUGAGGAGUUUGCAAAAUUCCGCAAACCAACCCUUGUCAAGCAAGAAUCUGAAGAUAACUUACCUCUUGGUGGCACCGAAGAUAGCCCCUUCUUUACCCCACAGAGGGUAACUAAACCAAAAAUCGACAAAAAACCCAUGGUGCCACCAAAACCUCCCCUUAAACAAACCCCCAAAUCGUGCAAUUCUGACGCUUCGGAAGAGUUUAAAUACAAAGUACCAAGUUCGCCGAGCGCUAGCUCCUCAUCCAGUGCGAAAUUGUACAAACGACAAUGCACUAAACCUAAAAUCCGGGCGAGUGAAGUGGUUCCGGUCAAGUUACCAGAUUUUCCAGUCAACGGGGCACAGUUAGUGGAAGGACCGACUUUUCAUCCUAGUGAGAAGGAGUUUCAAGAUCCGUUGGAAUAUAUCGAGAAGAUUCGGCCCAAAGCUGAACAGUUCGGGAUUUGUCGGAUUGUACCACCGAGUACUUUUAAACCGGAGUGUAAAGUGACCGAUGAUAUGAGGUUUACUGCGUAUAAUCAGUACGUUCAUAAAAUGUUGCAUCGGUGGGGGCCCAACUUUAAGGAGUUGAUGGCGAUUAAGAAGUAUCUGUCCACGCAGAAUAUUAAUCUGACUCAUCCACCAUGGAUUGGCGGUAUGGAGAUUGACUUGCCACGUCUCUACCAAACCGUCCAGUCCCUCGGCGGUCUCAAAGAAGUCAUCGAGAAGAAGAAAUGGCCGAAAGUUUCCGACCUCAUGAAAAUACCAAAGUCGGCACAAGACAGAGUCACGAAACUAGACGACAUCUAUUGCAAAUAUCUAUUACCAUACGAUACUUUAUCACCUGCCGAACGCGAAAAAUUAUUUGACGAAGUCGAAACCGAAUGGGCAAAACGUGAGUCAAAAUCCCUCCUCAAAGCCCAACAAAACAUCGACGAUAACAACACUGAAAUCGAGUCGGAAUCCGACGAUGAAGCCGAAGAGUGUAUUGUCAAAGGGCGCAGUAUGGCACUGAAUGCGUUUUACCGAAUUGCAAGAAAUACAAUGAGUAUGUGGUUCAGGACUUGUGAACCGCCGGCCGAAGAGGUCGAGCAAGAGUUCUGGAAACAUGUAACUGUGAAACAAAACCAUAUUUGUGUCCAUUCGGGCUCGAUUGACUCCGGGAAUUGGGGCUACGGGUUUGCAGUCUCGAAAAAUAGCCCCUUUGCCAGACACGCGUGGAAUCUUAAAGUGCUAACGAAUAAUAGUGGGUCGGUACUAAGAUCCAUGGGUCCAGUUAUGGGCGUAACGGUACCAACCCUGCACGUGGGAAUGGUGUUCAGUUCGUGCUGCUGGUACCGCGACCCCCACAGCCUCCCAUGGAUCGAGUACCUCCACACUGGGGGUAACAAAAUCUGGUACGGUAUUCCCGACUCGACUAGUGGUGCUUUUCACACUGCGUUGAAAACCCUAGUACCUAAUUACUGUCGAAAUAAGAGUCUCUGGUUACCAUCAGACACAGUGAUGGUACCACCGAACCUCCUAGUCGAAAAUGGAGUCUCACUGUCUCGAAUUGUGCAAGAACCGGGACAGUUUAUUAUAGUUUUUCCUAAAGCGUUCACCUCGAGUUUAAGUACCGGUUACGUGGUGUCCGAAAGUGUGUAUUUCGCGCCUUCCUAUUGGCUGAAGACCGGCAGACUUGUUUUUAACGAGCUGAGAAACAGUUGCGAACCGUCGAUGUUUUCGUUCGAUAGACUUUUGUUAAGUAUAGUGAACGACGCGAGGUCGAAUGUGGAGGUUUUGAAGCAGAUUAUACCAGCGGUUCAGGAGCUAUGUGAUAAGGAAAAGUCGGCGAGAGAAAGGGUUAGAAAGUUGGGCGUGUCAGCGACGGAAAAAUUGCCUCUGCCGGACGCCCCAAAAAAGAAAAAGAAGCUUCAUAAUGAAGAUGGGGAGUACGAGUGUGAAAUUUGCAGAAUGAAUCUUUUUGUUUCAAUGGUGAUCGAAUCGCAGGAAGACCUGGUUUAUUGUCUAGACCAUGCGGCUGAACAAAUCGAACAGAAGAAAAUACAAUGCAAGAACUGUACUUUGAGUUUUACGUACGAUGAUACGGAGUUGGAUGGACUGGUUGAUAAAAUCAAGUCGGCGAUUUGUAACAAAUUGCAAAAGAAAGUACCUAACCGAUUUACAGGGAUGCCAACGUUGCUUAAAUGAAUUCAGCGUGCAAAUAUUUUAUUGUAGAUUGAUGUAUUUUUUUAGGUUGGUAUUGUGUGGAUUUUUCUUUACAUAAACGAUUUUAGUCAUAA